AUGAUAUCGUGUGUAAAACUGAGUGUUCUUAUUGUGAGUGUUUUCGCUGUGUGCUUCGCGGAUAAGUGCCAGGAUAGCCCGAAUCCUCUUGGUUGCCAUGGGGCGCGCGUCGUGCGGGAGGCUUUGCAGCAAUACGUUCCGGCAGAAAGCGCCGACGUCUUACAGCUGGCCGACGGCGUCGAGGUCGUCGAAAACUCGUCCUUCAAGGAUGCAAGGGCUAACGGAGCUCGCUCUCUACCUCAGGACGAAUCCUUCUUAGGACGCAUGGCACGAUAUCUCGAAUCGCACGAACUCAAAAUUAAAUUAAGCAACCUCAUGCCUAGUCAACAAUUAAAAAAAGUUGUGCUCGAUACAUACAAGGAAUUGGAACAGGAUAAAUCCUUAGGAGAGGCACGUAAGAAGGACAAAGGAGGCAGCGGCAUGAUCCUGAUGAUGGGCAUGAUGAUGGCUAAGACCAUGGCCGCCCUGGGUCUCGGAGGUAUAGCAGCAAUUUCUGCGAAAGCUUUGGGUAUCGCCAUGAUGGCUCUGAUGUUGUCUGCUAUAAUCGGCGUGAAAAAAUUAUCAGAGCAUAGUCAUGACGACGGUGGUCACCACGUGAGCUACGUUUCCAUUCCACACCACGGUGAACAUCACAGGAGACGAAGGGAAGUUGAAGCGAAUGAGAUGGCAUACCGUGCCUGGCUUCAACAGUACAAACCUUAA